AAUUUUUAACAUUUUAUUUACAUCACAUCACAUCACUUGUAGUACUUACUGGCGACAAUAAGAGAAUUAAGUGAACUUGUACUUGUAAGAUUGUUUGUAUUUAUUAUUUGGGCAAUAAUGGAUGUGGCAAUUUGAUAAAAGCUUAAUAAUAUAUAACAAACACUAAAGCCCAGUGAGCUUUUUUAUUUGAAAGAUUCAUAUCUAUCAAUUCAGUUAAAUAUUUUUACCUUGAUAACAACAAAAAGCUUUAGUGCCUUCAAGAAACUACAGCAGGCAUUCAAAAUGAUUGAAACUUGUUCAAAGAGAUGUAUGUUUUUUGGAACUCUAUCACUAGGAAUCUUGACAAUUGUAGUUCUAAUAUUAGAAUCACAUCUUGCUGAUACUUUAUCUGGUAGUCAAAGGAGGAAUAAGACAUUUCCAACAGAAAAUAAUUCAACAUGUUGGAUCAAUCAGCCUUACACAAUUAUUAGUGAAUGCCACCCCUGUUCAGAUUUCGAAAUUCGCAGCAAAAGCAUUGGUGUUUGCAUACACACAAGCUUUAAAGAAAUAUUAAAAUGUGAAAACGGAGAAACUGUUACAAGAAGUUGCGACCGUGUAGCAUAUUUAGAAGAAAGAGCUUUCUGGAAGUUUACAAUUUGGACCUUUAUAGUUGGUAUGGUGUCCUCUAUUGCUGUGAUGCUAAGAAUGAGAGUAUUGAAUCAUAGAGCAAAGAGGAGAGCCAGGCAAGCCCUUGCUAAUGGAACUAUUUAGUAGAUUAAUAUGUAUCAAUUAUUUAUUCUCAUAAAUGUAAGUAACCCUGAGUAUGUGAUCAAAUAGAAUGGAAUAAUUAAUAAAAAUUUAUUACAAAAA